UGACCACCUUCUCUUCUCCUCCCUUGUCAUCGUCGCAAGCUCUCCAACAGACGCGCCAUCACUCUCACUCUCCCUACCCUUCGCAAAUUCGACUGAAUUUCCUCAACCUCUUCAUUUCCUCCCAUCCGAGCGAACCCUCCAACCAAUCACAAAUGCCAAGCUCAGCAGCCUCUAUGAUACGGUACACCCACGCCCGUCAGCCGCCGACCACCAACAUCGUCAAAUACCACUUCCCCAAGCAUCUGCUCCCAUGCUUUCGGACCGCCACCCUCCCGACCAUCAUGUCUCUCGCCUAUCGGGCGGCCAGUGCCGAGGGACAAUAUCCUAAGGCCAUCCUAAUCAGAUCCGCCAUCCACCUCACGCGGUACCAAAAAAGGGGCCGCACCAAACAGCUCCGGAACACCUGGCACAUGACGAUCUGCUACAAGAACACGACCCACCUGGCCAAGGGCUCGCACAUGACGGCGCAUGUCUACGUGAAGAACAAGCAUCACCCGGUGUUUCUGCGCGCCAAUUACGCCGCCGAGAAACCGGAUACGGCGAAGGAGGCGUCGGGGCGGCCAGUCUGGGGAUCCGUGGAGAGCUCGCGGUAUCUGACGCGCGAAGUCGCGUAUGGGUACCUGCCACAACAACGGGAGCUGGGGCUGUCGGGGGGGUGUGGCUGGGCGUAUGCAUCUCGUGACAAGAGGCAACCUUGGCAAGGGCGAGGAGGGCUGAUUCGUUUUGUCCUGGUCCGCGAAAAGGAGGAUCUCAAAGAAUAGAAAACGUAUCGUGUUCUAUGCAUCCCCACGUCGUGGUAGCUGCACAGAAACCCCCACACGAAUCGAAUGGGCCGAGAUAUUAUUAAAAUCCCCCUCUAUCCGAUCACCAGCGUGUCCUCGGUCGGAAAGCUGUACUGCGGUACCUCCAAAUUAGUCGGGGCGGGGCCCUUGCGCGCCCGUCCGGAGAUGUCAUAGUGCGAGCCAUGACACGGACAAAACCAGCCCCCAAAGUCCCCGGACUCGCCGAUGGGCACGCAACCCAGAUGGGUGCAAACACCUUAUACCAAGUCAGCAAUUGGCGCCUGAACCACU